AACCAUUUCACGCGACAAACUUGUUAUUAUUAUUAUAGCAGUGUUGUAGUGUUGUGUUGUAGUGGGUGUGAAAUUCUCUCUCACACUAAUUAUUUUUCUUUCACUCACAAAAGAAGAGGAAAAGGAAAGACAAGGAAAGGCAAAAACCAGCUGUGUUGGUUUUCUUUUACUUUCUCUCCCCAAAAGAAGCUUAGAAUAAAGUGUUUAUAUAAGAGAGAGAAGAGAAAGAAUAAUAAAAAGGCCAUUGCUUUGUUAAGUUGAAGCUGCUUAAACAAAAGAGGAUCACUUGCUUGCUUGCUUCCAUGAAGGGGUUGAAGCUUGUAAUGUGGAAUGUGGUAGUGGUGGUUUUGUUGGGUUUAUGUGUUGGUAUUGCUAAAGCUUCUGUGUCUUAUGAUUCUAAAGCUAUCACCAUUAAUGGGCAGAGAAGGAUUCUCAUUUCUGGAUCCAUUCACUACCCAAGAAGCACCCCUGAGAUGUGGCCAGAUCUUAUUCAGAAGGCUAAGGAAGGAGGUUUGGAUGUGAUUCAGACUUAUGUUUUCUGGAAUGGGCAUGAGCCUCAACCUGGCAAGUAUUACUUUGGGGGGAACUAUGAUCUGGUCAAAUUUAUCAAGCUGGUGAAGCAAGCUGGCCUUUAUGUUCAUCUCAGGAUUGGUCCUUAUGUUUGUGCUGAGUGGAACUUUGGGGGAUUCCCUAUUUGGCUCAAGUACAUUCCGGGGAUCAAUUUCAGAACAGAUAAUGAGCCUUUUAAGUAUCAAAUGCAAAAAUUCACAACAAAGAUUGUCAAUAUGAUGAAGGCUGAAAGGUUGUUUGAGUCUCAAGGUGGUCCAAUAAUUCUAUCCCAGAUUGAAAAUGAAUAUGGACCCGAGGAAUAUGAAAUCGGUACACCCGGUCAAGCUUACACCAAAUGGGCUGCCAAAAUGGCUGUGGGGCUCGGCACCGGUGUCCCAUGGGUAAUGUGCAAGCAAGAUGAUGCCCCUGAUCCUGUUAUUAACACUUGCAAUGGUUUCUACUGUGACUACUUCUCUCCCAACAAAGCUUAUAAACCCAAGAUGUGGACAGAAGCCUGGACUGGCUGGUUUACUGAGUUUGGAGGUCCAGUUCCAUAUCGACCAGCUGAAGACUUGGCCUUUUCAGUUGCAAGGUUUAUACAGAAAGGGGGAUCAUUCAUUAAUUAUUAUAUGUAUCAUGGGGGAACCAAUUUUGGCCGAACCGCUGGUGGUCCUUUCAUUGCUACUAGUUAUGAUUAUGAUGCUCCUAUUGAUGAAUAUGGACUUCUGAGACAACCUAAAUGGGGUCAUUUGAAAGAUUUGCAUAGAGCAAUAAAGCUGAGCGAACCAGCUUUAGUAUCUGGAGAUCCCACUGUGACACCACUUGGAAAUUAUCAAGAGGCUCAUGUAUUCAAAUCAAAAUCUGGAGCUUGCGCUGCAUUCCUUGCCAAUUAUAAUCCAAAAACUUUUGCAAAAGUGGCUUUUGGGAAUAUGCAUUACAACCUUCCUCCUUGGUCUAUCAGUAUUCUUCCAGAUUGCAAGAACACUGUAUACAAUACUGCCAGGGUUGGUGCCCAAAGUUCACUAAUGAAGAUGACUCGGGUUCCUGUUCAUGGAGGAUUCUCUUGGCAGUCAUACAAUGAUGAGACAACCUCCUCUGAUGACAGUUCUUUCACAAUGGCUGGGUUGUUGGAGCAGAUAAAUACAACAAGAGAUGCCUCUGACUAUUUGUGGUACUCGACAGAUGUUAAGAUUGACGCCAAUGAAGAAUUUCUGAAGAGCAAAUAUUAUCCUUAUCUUACAGUCUUAUCUGCUGGCCAUGCUUUGCAUGUUUUCAUCAAUGGUCGACUAUCAGGAACUGCCUACGGAAGUCUAGAAAGCCCAAAACUAACAUUUAGCGAAGGUGUGAAUUUGAGAGCUGGUAUUAAUAAAAUCUCACUUCUAAGUGUUGCUGUUGGUCUCCCGAAUGUUGGUCCACAUUUUGAAACAUGGAAUGCCGGUGUUCUUGGUCCAAUUUCAUUGAGUGGUCUUAACGAGGGGAGAAGAGACUUGUCAUGGCAGAAGUGGUCUUACAAGAUCGGUCUUAAAGGAGAAGACUUGAGCCUUCAUUCACUUAGUGGAAGUUCCUCUGUUGAGUGGAUUGAGGGAUAUUUAGUGGCCCAAAGACAGCCACUGACAUGGUACAAAACUACGUUCAAUGCUCCAGCUGGAAACACACCAUUGGCCUUGGAUAUGGGCAGCAUGGGUAAAGGUCAAGUAUGGAUAAAUGGACAGAGUGUUGGCCGCUACUGGCCUGCUUAUAAAGCAUCUGGUACUUGUGGUGAAUGUAAUUACGCUGGAACAUAUGAUGAGAAGAAAUGCUUAAGUAAUUGUGGUGAGGCUUCCCAAAGAUGGUAUCACGUUCCUCGUUCGUGGCUAAAACCAGCAGGGAAUUUGCUGGUUGUUUUCGAAGAAUUGGCAGGAGACCCAAAUGGGAUAUCUUUAGUUAGAAAGGAAAUUGAUAGUGUAUGUGCUGAUAUCUUUGAGUGGCAGCCAAACCUCAUGAGUUGGCACAUGCAAGCCACUGGUAAAGUUAGUAAACCAAUUAGACCUAAAGCUCAUUUAUGGUGUGGCCCUGGCCAGAAAAUUUCUUCAAUAAAGUUUGCUAGCUUUGGAACACCAGAAGGUGCUUGUGGAAGCUUCCGCGAGGGAAGCUGUCACGCCCACAAAUCAUAUGAUGCUUUUCAAAGGAAUUGUGUUGGGCAGAACUCCUGCUCAGUCACUGUAGAGCCUGAAAAUUUUGGAGGAGAUCCAUGUCCAAAUGUCAUGAAGAAACUCUCAGUGGAGGCUGUUUGUAGCUGAAGUGAAUAAAGGUCCUCCAUCGAUUUUCUCAAGGCCCCAAUACAGAAAUUUCAGCUGAUAUAUUUUUGGAUAAAUUAUCUACACGUCCAGAGCAUCAUGACCAUUCAUUUUGGCUUUUCCAGGGUGAAGUUGUACAAAUAUACAACACACUGACUGGCUAAAAGCAUAUACGGAUUGUGAAAAUGAUAGUUGA